AUGGCAAUCACCGCAGACUGGACAUUUUUUCCCAUAACAAUUCUGGAGUCCGUUAUCGGAACUUUCACAAAUAUUUUCAUCAUCUUUAGAAUUUUCCUCACCUAUUGGAAACAUCAACAUGUGAGCGGAUGCGAGAAGAUUAUUGCGGCUUUGAGCGUCUCCAAUCUCGGUUAUACCUACGCCAUGUUCACCAAUAUUUUAGUGUUUACCAUCUGGCCCGAUCUUUUGUCGAUCGCUCAAGUCUACGAUUCUCUCUUUGUUUUCACCUUUUUUAUCGUCAUCACUUCGGCUUGGCUGACGGCCUCUCUCUGCUUUUACUAUUACGUCAAGAUAAAUCAUUUCAGCUCCGACCUUCUCUCUCGGCUGAAGCCGAAGAUUAAUUCCCUCGCUUCGUGGAUGAUCGUCUUGUCGGUUCUACUUUCUCUUCUUUGCUCCUCGCUCAAUUUAUUACAGAUCAUUGUGAAAGAAGACACACAGUCUGUCAUUUCAACGUUCGGAAAUACGUCGCAGGUGUCUACCUCAUUAUUAACAUCUGAUACUAAGCUUUACAUCGCCUUUGUUAGCAGUUUUAUACCUUUCUUUAUUAGUGUCUUCACUACGGCUUCCACCGCCUGGUCUCUACACCUCCACAAACUAAAAAUGGCGAAGAACCGAACAGCAUCCACCAACGGCAAUGUGAGAAAAUACGAAGGUGCCGUAAAAAUCAUGGUGUGUCUGUUGGCUUUCUAUGCUCUGAUCUAUGUGACGCUUUGUCUUUUUUAUUUCAAUGUUUUCACAAUCUAUAGCCGUGGCUUUUGGGUUUUUCUGAUCAUUAUAUGUUCAUCUAGUCCUCUUCAAUCAAUUCUUCUGUCUCUUUCCACAACAAUGCUGAAGAGAGCCUGGAUGAAAAUGUUACACUGCAAUGUUGGAUCCAGUGAUGAGGAUGAAACUAGAAAAGAGUAG